UCUCACUCCCUCUCUCUCUCCCAAACAUGGCUAAUUUUGGAAUCAUAAUCAGUAUCUUCUUCAUAUCACUUACAUUUGCACAAAUAAAAAUUGGUUUUUCUUGUCAGGUCUAUGUGGUAUAUAUGGGAGACAAAAUGAACUACACUUCUGACGAGUUCUUAACAAAAAACUAUGAAAUUCUCACCGAAAUCCACGAAGGAAGCUUCGACAAAGCGCAGUCUUCUCAUGUUUACAGUUAUAACAAUGGUUUUAGUGGAUUCGCUGCAAAGUUAACUGAAGAACAGGCAUUGAAAAUGAGUGAGAUGCCUGGAGUUGUUUCAGUGUUCCCAAACCGGAAAAGAAUUCUGCACACCACUCAUUCGUGGGACUUCAUGGGACUGGAAAUGGAUUCUGCUAAAGAGAUUUCAGGCUUCUCUACUAAAAACCAGGAAAAUGUGAUAAUUGGUUUCAUAGAUACAGGAAUAUGGCCAGAGUCUCCAAGUUUCAGUGACGAAGGGAUGCCACCAGUGCCUUCAAGAUGGAGAGGGAAAUGUCAAGCAGGGGAAUCAUUCUCAAAUUCCUCAUGUAACAGAAAAGUGAUAGGUGCAAGGUACUAUAUGGGUGGCUAUGAGGCUGAGAAAAGAAUGGCUGAAGAAGCACAAGUGCAACCAACUGAAACUAGGGAAUUCAAAUCUCCUAGAGAUAGUUUAGGACAUGGAAGCCACACAGCUUCGACGGCGGCUGGGCGGUUCGUCUAUGAUAUGAACUACGAUGGACUAGGCAUAGGAACAGCAAGAGGUGGAGCACCAAAUGCCAGGAUUGCAAUCUACAAGGCUUGCUGGGAGUCUGGAUGCUAUGAUUCAGACUUAUUAGCAGCAUUUGAUGACGCAAUUGAGGACCGCGUCAACAUAAUUUCAUUAUCUCUUGGUCCUGAGUCGCCUCAGGGAGAUUACUUCAACGAUGCCAUCUCCAUUGGUUCAUUUCAUGCUAUGAGAAGAGGAAUAAUAGUAGUUUCUUCUGUUGGAAAUGCUGGCACUAGAGGUUCUGCAACCAAUUUGGCUCCAUGGAUGUUCACAGUGGCUGCGAGCUCGACUGAUAGAGAAUUUGUAUCUAAUAUCAGACUUGGGAAUGGAGAGAACUUGAUGGGAGUCAGUCUCAAUACUCACCAGAUGAAUUCUUCAGUUCUAACUGUUGAUGCCUCGGAAGCAAAUGAUGGAUACUUCACUCCAUAUCAAUCAAGUUACUGCUUGGAGAGCUCCUUGAAUAGAACAAAGACCAGAGGAAAGGUUGUGGUUUGCCGGCAUUCUAGCAGCUAUUCUGAAUCAAGACUGGAGAAGAGUUUGGUGGUGAAGAACGCUGGUGGUGUGGGAAUGAUUCUGAUUGAUGAAAGAGAAGAUAAUGUUGCCAUUCCCUUCGUCGUUCCUGCAGCAAGUAUUGGAAUUGAAACUGGUGAUAAAGUACUGUCUUAUCUUAAUCAAACAAGGAGACCGACCACACUUAUUUCUCCAACAAAGACAGUACUGAAAUCACAAUCGGCACCUCAAGUUGCCGCAUUCUCUUCGAAAGGUCCCAACUCUCUUACACCAGAGAUUUUAAAGCCUGAUAUCAUGGCUCCUGGACUCAAUAUCCUAGCAGCCUGGUCUCCUGCAGCCAAAAACAUGAUGUUUAAUAUCAUUUCUGGAACUUCCAUGUCAUGUCCCCAUGUAACCGGAUUGGUUGCUUUGAUCAAGUCUGUGUAUCCGAAUUGGUCUCCAGCUGCAAUUAAGUCUGCAGUUAUGACAACAGCAACCAUACUGAACAAGAAUCGCAAAGCCAUUACUGCAGACCCGAAUGGAAAAAAGGCAAACCCCUUCGACUAUGGUGCUGGCUUCCCAGAACCAACAAGAAUGCUAAAUCCAGGCCUCAUAUAUGAUACUCAACCUUCAGAUUACAAGAACUUCCUAUGCUCCAUUGGCUAUGAUACCGAAUCACUACAGCAAAUAACUGGAGACAGCAGUCUGUGCUUGAAGCCUGCUCCUCCUGCUUCAAAUCUGAAUUACCCCUCGAUCACAGUGUCAAACCUCAAAGAUAACAUGUCAAUCAUCAGAACUGUAACAAAUGUGGGAAAAUCAAACAGUGUUUAUCGAGCAGCGGUUUAUCCUCCUAAAGGAAUUAAUGUAGAAGUGAUCCCAAAGUUUCUUGUUUUUACAAGCUAUGGGCAGAAGAUGAGCUUUAAAGUAAACUUCAGAGUGGAUAAACCUUCGAAGGAUUAUGUUUUUGGUUCUUUAGCAUGGCAAUCAAAAGAUGUUAGGGUCACCAGUCCACUGGUAGUUGGAAUUGCUUCUUCCAGUGUAGGCAUGAUUUGAAAAUAAAUAGUUCGGUAAACAGGAAAGGUCAGAUAUCGGUUUAGAAGCAACAGGAGAUUGGAAUACAUAAUGAUUUGUUUGAAAUUGGUGAGGAAUUUGUAAUAUUUAAUUGUUGUAAAAUUUAAUAAUUUCUUUUAUUUUGACAGCAUGAAAAUUGUACGCUGCUGUCAAAUCCUUUUCUUUUAAUAGAUUGUGGAUAUUUAGGGUCUGUUUGAGGCAGCUUAUUU